GACGAUCCGUCAGACACGGCACGGAUUAACAAUUAGGCCCAUCGGGUUCGUCUGCGGGGAAAGAAACGCGGUGCAGCGCGGUAACGAGCCGAACGGCAAAUUAUCUCAUUCUCGUUCGCCAUUACUUCCAUUGCAGGCCAUCGCAUCGUAUCACCUUCAACCGGUGUGUAGCUAUGCUGAUCCGACGAAGAAGGGCAACAGCAUAGAACAGCAUUUGGUUGGUCGCGUACGGGUGUUGUUCGUCGCGUUUGCUUGUCGCAAAGUGUUGUAUAGAAAAAUUAACGCACAAAAAGUCGCCCAAUGCGAUAAGCAACGCUGUGGUAGUGCUCGCGCGCGCUGCUUCGUAUCAGUAUUUCGUCGGUAGUUUAGCAGUGAAAAGCGAAACAUUUGGUGUGCUGUUGGUGCAUUAUUUUCUGGUUAGGCAGAGCGAGUUUCAGAAUAUUUUUUGACAAUAGUAGCAACAGCAGCAGCUGCGUGUUUUGCAAAGAGAACCAUGACGCGAACAAGAAAAGUACCAUCGAAAUCAUACGAAGCAUGCGAGGACAAGCGUUCGGAGCAGAGACUGUUGCACAAAUGGACCCGCUACUCCAGUGCCAAACUCGAAGAAGUGGAGGAAACGCUACUGUCAGCCCUUCGAAAACCCUUUGAAAGUAUCUUCGUGGAAGUAGGUCAAUGUGUCGGGACGAACGAUAAGAUACGGACGGUGGCACUGAACCGAGAGUCGGAAAAUAUUCCCGUCCUGUUGCUGCACGGUCUCGGGGCAGGUGUUGGACUGUGGGUACUAAAUCUUGACGCGAUUGCAGAACAUCGGCCUAUGUACGCCAUCGAUAUACUGGGCUUUGGGCGAAGCUCGCACCCGAAGUAUGAUGCGGAUCCGAUCGCGGCGGAACGACAAUUUGUGUCAUCGAUCGAAGCUUGGCGGGUAGCGAUGGGUUUGGAGCGUAUGUACAUCCUGGGACAUUCGAUGGGCGGUUAUCUGGCCUGCAGUUACGCCAUUACGCAUCCACAACGAGUGGCCGGAUUGAUUUUAGCUGAUCCAUGGGGCUUCAUGGAGACACCACCGAGAAUUAAGCGAAAGUACUGGAUAAGAAUCCUGUAUCGAACGGCACGGAAGAUGAAUUUUUACCCACUGACGGUCGUACGUAUGGCCGGUCCAACUGCGGCUUGGCUUUUGAGCCGUCGGCGGACAGAUAUUACAUCACGGUUCGAAGGAAUCGUUCCAGACGAACGGGUUGUGGCCGACUAUCUUCAUCUGGUCAAUGCUCAGAAACCAUCUGGUGAAAGUGGUUUCUGUGCGAUACAGAAAAACUUCGGCUGGCCUAUCAACCCGAUGUUGAAGCGAAUCGACCAAAUCGAUCCCACCAUACCCAUGACAUUCAUUUACGGAUCCGAAUCUUGGAUCGACUUUGAAGCAGGAGAAGUGACGAAGGAAAAGCGCGCGGGCUGUUUCGUGCAAGUUAAGAUAAUCGAUAAUGCUAGUCAUCAUCUGUAUGCGGACUUCCCGGAUAUAUUUAACCAGCAUGUCAAUGACGCUUGCUUCACGUACGACAAACGUAUCAACGCACAAAGCAAAGUGACCGAGCUUGUGGCGGAGGAAUGAAUGCAUCUUCCCCCAUCUCCCUUCCCGCCCGUGGGUUUCCAAGCCUGUAGAUUUGUAGAGCGACGAAUAUGCCAUCAUUGAAAAAAAUGCCUCGAAAUAAUGUACCUUUCUACUGCCAGCUAACGCAACGGAUAGCUGGAGCACUGCACACACUAAUAGAGCGAUAGUUAUCCUACGAAACCACCCAGGUGAAACACGGCAGCUGGUAUCCGUGCGCCCGCCAUAAAGCAAAUGCUCUCCUAUUGUAUACUCCGCGUGUUUACGCAGAAACAGUAUUUUUUUCUAAUAGAACGAGUGCGAUGAAGUAGCGACAACGGUGAAGCCAACAAAUACUAGCGCCUCCAUCUGUGUUUUGUUUUGCAAAUUAACAGAAGCAACAAAAAAAAACAGGACAAAACGGCACAGAAUAUUUUAUAAGCCACGCUUCCAUAAUGUCAGGCUUUUAUUCCAGUGUUUUAGAAGCGAGAACCCGCGAUAAACGUUACAACAAAGUGUAGGUGAACAUCGGAUUCAUCCCAGAUGAAGUGAUAACAUUAGUGAAACGUUGUUUUAGUACAAUCUUCGGAAGAGAAUGCAUUUUAUAUUGUCUCUGCACAGCAGUAGUUUUUUGUUACCAUAUGGCGUGUGUAAGUUUGUGUUUUUGUUUUUUAUGAACUAGAUUUUACCUACGGUUUGAGCGUAACGAUUAGCGUCUAACAAACGGAAAAAUAAAAUUUGGCCAACAUCAGUAUACCGAAA